CCCCAAUCGGCCUGCUCUGAGAAUAAUGCGACCGAUUGUGGCUACUACUUAUAUGAAAGACCCUUCUUCCUAAGCUCACGCAAGCUUUACCCUUUUUCAAGCCCCAAUCGGUUAUUCUAUGGAUUCCUCGAACUAGCUCCGCACAAACGUAGCAAAUCCGUUGAGGUGCUUUGCUUAGGCUUACCUCGCACCGGAACCGAGUUAUUAAGCGUGGCCUUGCGAAUUCUGGGCCUCCCAGCAUAUCAUGGCUGGGACUUGGUCUUCGAGCCAGAUGACAGCAAGUUGCAACACUGUACAGAGCUAGUGCGGAGGAAAUACAACGGUGCUGGCGAUGGCGACGUGAAAACUACCAGCGAGGAGUUCGACAUUCUCAUCGGUGAUAACCAGGCUGUGCUGCUCGCCGCCUACCCAGACGCCAAGAUGAUCCUCAAUGUGCGUCCCGAUAUAAACGCUUGGUACCCCAGCAUCGAAAAAACCAUCGUCCAAGGGGUCGAUCAAUCAUGGACUAUGCGGGGGAUGCAGUGGUUCUCUGCGGAGUUUCAUUGGCUGUACAAUCUUUACUUAAGUUAUGGAUAUCCAGGCCUGUUUCACAGUUGGGUCUAUCGCGACCACUGCAACAAGGUCCGGGGUAUGGUACCUAAGGAUAAGUUGCUUGAGUGGUCUGUCGAGCAUGGCUGGGAGGCGCUUUGCAAGGUAUUAUUGGGAGGAAUCUGGAUUUUUCUCAAAACUAUGGCUGAUGACAGAGAUAGUUUCUCGACAAGCCUGUUCCCGACGAGCCCUUCCCCCGAGCUAAUCCUCCAGGAAGUUACACCGAGCGCACAGAUGAACUCGUCAAAAGGCACCUCAUUUAAUGUCUGCACAACUUCACUAUAA